UUCAGUGAUUCAUGGAAAGGGAAAGUGGACGUUGUGAUUCCUGACGCAACAGCCGCUGAAUUCAGGGAAUUUUUACAAUUCUUUUACUUGGAACGGGCAACAUUAACAAUGGACAACAUUAAAAAAGUCAUGUGCUUCGGAAAGGAAUACAAUGUGCCAGAAUGUAUGAAUGCGUGUGUAAAAUUUCUGCAACGAAAUCUGACCGAAGACAAUAUUUGUUGGGGCUACGAUCUUGCCAUUUCUUAUGAUCAAAUUGCUUUGCAACGAUUUUGCAAAAUAGUGAUCGCGAUCAAUACAGAAAAGGUUUUUUCAUCGGCCAGUUUUCUCACAUGCAAAAAAGAGACGCUUGGCAAUAUUUUGGAAAUGGAAUCGUUGUCUUGUUCCGAAGCGGAAGUGUUUAAGGCAUGCAUGAGAUGGGUAAAAAAUGUCAGUAAAAAUAAAUUGACAAGAGAAAUCAUUCAAGUUCACCUCGGUGAAUUAUUUUUCAAAAUUCGCUUCAACUCGAUGACAUUACAUCAGUUUGCCGAUCUCAUUCGAAACAAUAUGUACGGUGGCUUAUUUUUAGCAGAUGAAUACAGAGAAAUUGUUCAAUCGAUUGCGAAACAAUAUAAUUUUAAUCCAACCAUUUUCAACCAAAAUCAUAGAAUUCCGUUUGAAAAUCUGCCUUUUUCGGAAAUGAUCAAAUGCGAUCGCUUAUUGUCACUCGAUUUUGCACGGACUCCGUAUUACAUCAAAAGUGUUGAAAAGACCCAAUUUUCCAUCAAUCAUCCGAUGCUGUUGAAACAGAUUGAAUGCAGCAUAAUAAGCAUUUAUGCAUCGAAUCAAUACUAUCCUGUUGAGGAUCUGCAAACUGAAUUGGAAAUCAUUCAAGUUUCUGUAGCGGCUCCUGGUGGCGACAAAGUCGUUCUUCAUCGUGGAAAUUAUCAUCUGACUAAUUUUUGUGCAAGAAAUAUAACUUUGACGAAGCCGAUCCUUGUGAGACCGGGUUUUUUGUAUGAAAUUCAGCUGAAACAAAGUCCACCACCAAACUGUAGCACUGGUGACAUCCUGAAGUUGAAAGUUCAACUCGAUUCGAACAUUAACGUACAGUUUCAUCAUGAUUCAUACAUGAAAAUUGAUAAAGUUGCAAGAGGAGUCGUUCGAAAACUUGGGUUCCAUCGUAUUUAA